CUUGUCUACUUCUGGAAACGGAUCUUGACUUCAAACUGUCCAAGUGCUCGGACCAACCCAAAAGCAAGAGAGAGGGCGACUGGGGUGCCACUGAUAGGAGGAGCUCCCGGGCCCAGCCCUGGAGGCCUCAGGGGUUCAGGGGCCCACUCAGAUUGUGCCGCAGAGGAGGAGAGAGGAACUGGGGUGAGCAAGCAUUGUGGCUUUGUCUGUUUCCUGUUUCAGCAAGGUUUCUGUGCAAAAAGAAACACGGUACCAAGAAGAGAAAUGCUAAGGGGGCCCAGAGCCAUGGACUGAGAGCUUGCACUUUACUCAGCUGCUGUCUUGCCCCAUCUGAGACCAGAGCCAAGAUCUGCCCGGGAGCUGGAAAAUUUUUCUGAGCUGCUUGGGUUGGAGCCUGGGACCCAAGAGGCAGGGUGAGAUGUUUGGUCAAUGAAGACGUGGCAGCCAGAAAGACCUUUCCACUUUGCUGAGGAAGAGACAAAGGCCAGAGAAAAGCAGAAAUCAGCUAGAGACUGGACCCUGGAGUUCUGACUCUCAGUUUGACAUCAUCACCUCCUCACUUUCCAACCCACAUACCCCAGCAGCUAUUCCAGGAACUGGAAGCCAAGCACAACAGGUGUUCAGGAGCUCAUCAUGAUCGGCCUGGACCCCAGGCCUUCCCCCCGCUUGGCCCGGUGGGCUGAGAGCUAUGAGGCCAAAUGUGAGCGCCGGCAGGAGACCCGUGAAAGCCGCCGCUGCCGCCCCAACAUGACCACUUGCCGCCAGGUAGGGAAGACGCCGAGGACCCAGCAGAGGGAGCAGCUGCAGAGAGCCCGACAACAGCAGUUCUUCAGGAGACGGAACCUCGAAGUGGAGGAGAAAGACAAAACACACAGCUCCCGGACUGGGGAGCAAGGUCUCUCCAGGAGGACAGGCCAGGCGACUGACCUCAAGAAGCCCUUGUCUUGGGCCAACAGGAUCUCUGCCCCCAGGCAGCAGGUGUCAGGGACCAGCUCUGAGGUCCUUCCAAACCAGCAUCAUCCUCUCCCCGGCGUCUGGAGGGAUCUAGCAGGUCACCUCCCCUCCCAGGCUGGGAGCCUUCCACCACAGGAUCUCCCCGUCAAGAAGCCACCCAAACACCACCGUGGCACUCAGACAAGGGCCAGAGAAGCACAGCCAACAAUUAAGAAUGAUGCCAGUCAGCAAACCAACUAUGGAGUUGCAGUUCUAGAUAAGGAAAUCAUCCAGCUCUCUGAGUACCUCAAAGAGGCCCUACAAAGGGAGCUGGUUCUAAAACAGAAAAUGGUGAUUCUCCAAGACCUAUUGUCUACCCUGGUUCGGGCCUCUGAUAGUUCUUGGAAGGGACAGCUUAAUGAAGACAAACUGAAGGGCAAACUGAGGUCCUUGGAAAACCAGCUGCAUACCUGUACCCAGAAUUAUUCCCCUUGGGGAAUGAAAAAGGUGCUAAUGGAGAUGGAAGACCAGAAAAACAGCUAUGAGCAGAAAGCCAAGGAAUCACUGCAGAAAGUGCUGGAGGAGAAAAUGAGCGCAGAGCAGCAACUGCAGAGCACACAGCGGUCCCUGGCUCUGGCUGAGCAGAAGUGUGAAGAGUGGAGGAGCCAGUACGAGGCUCUGAAGGAAGAUUGGAGGACCCUGGGGACCCAGCACAGAGAGCUGGAGAGCCAGUUCCAUGUGCUCCAGUCCAAACUGCAGGGGGCAGACAGUAGAGACCUUCAGAUGAACCAGGCCCUGCGACUCCUGGAGAACGAGCACCUGGAGCUGCAGGCCAAGAUUGAGUGUCUACAGGGGGACAGAGACCUGUGCAGCUCGGACAGCCAGCUCCUACAAGAUCAACUAAAGAGGUCAGAGGAGGAGAAACUCGCCCUGGUGACCAAAGUACAGCAGUUGCAGAGUCUGCUGCAGAGCCAAUCCGCACAGCUCCAAGAACAGGAGAAACUCUUAACAAAGAAAGAUCAGGCUUUGUCUGAGUGGAGUCCAAAGCCCUCCCAUAACGAAGUGGAGCCUGAGGGUACAGGGAAGGAGCAAGACUGGGAUUUCAGAGACCAGCUGCAAAAGACGACUUUGCAGCUCCAGACCAAGGAAAAGGAGUGCAGAGAACUGCAUUCAGAGUUAGACAACCUCAGUGACGAGUACCUCUCCUGCCUGCGUAAGCUCCAGCACUGUCGAGAUGAGCUGAACCAGAGCCAGAAGCUGCCUCCCAGAGUAAGAGCGUCCAUCCUCCCAUACAGCAAUAGACGAUGGUGGGACUACUCCUUUAGCCAUAUCUUGCAGAUAAAAUGUACCAGCCCAUGCCAACAUCUGACCGGCCUGUCCCGUUCAGCUUUGUUUGUACUGAGAGUAGAGCAACCAUGGAAAGAAACAUUGGCUUAUGCAUCUAAACUUAAUUUUCAUAGAACUCUUAAGCCUAAAGGGAAAGACUUACUGUUAGCUAAAGUAUGAAAUGGUGUUUUUUAGCCUUUUCAAUGUAGUAGUGGCAAGGACAGAAUGAGAGAGAAAAAGUACCAAAGAAUAUGAACAGAGAAUAAUUUAAUUUUGCUAUUUUCUACCUUUGAAUGGUCGUAUCAGUGUUUAAGUAUCUAGGCCCUGCUGGCCAUAGUUCCCUCAGUCAAUAAUCUUGGCUUAUGGGCCAGUGACCACCAGUAAAGUGGUUCUAUUCCAAGGGAGGUGACAAAGUGACAGAGUGAUGUAAAAACCUUUCCCUCCUCCACCAACCAAGAUUUCCUACUGAGCCAGUACGGGAAGAAGGAAGGUUAUUUUUGCCUAUUUCUUCUCCAACCAACCUGUGGCUUCUUUCUCUUUUCUCUUUUCCCCUCCUCCCUCCUCAGAGGCGGUGUGGUCGGUGGCUAUCAGUGCUGAUGGCGAUAGCUGUUAUAGCACUGGCGGUGCUCCUGGCCAACAAGGACAGCCUGAUGAUCUGAAAAACUUGUGACAGCUUCUUCGGGUGAAAAUCAGAAGAAACUCAAUAAAAAACUGAGAAGGUCUGGUCACCUUCAAGGGUGGGUUUUCCCAAUGCAACUGCAAUUUCUGACUUUAUUUUUUUAACCUACUGUAAAUAAAAUCAAUCAACUUUGCCUGACA